CCGCCCGGGCUGCCGCCCCAAAGAGGGGGCCGGGGGCACGGCGGCUGCGCCCGCUGCGGAGGAGGGAGUGUGCGCCGACACCCCGUUGAGGAAGUGGCCGCGGCUGCGAGAGAAAACGAGGAAGCGGCGGCACCCGCGGCGGUAAGCGCGGGUCCAGACCCGCUCCCGGCCGUAUCCCCACCCGGCACGGCCCAGCUCGGCUCGGCUCGGCGGAGCCGCCUGACAGAGGGCUGCCUCCCUGACGGCUCUCUCCCGGCAGCAGCGGCAGCGGCAGGAGGCGCCGGGCGGCGAGAGAAGGGGGCGGCACGGGGCCGAGCGACCCCCGGGGAGCGAUACAGAAUACUAAGUUUGCUACUUGGAAGAGAAAAAACAUGGCUUCCAACACGGCAAACCCUGCUAACCAUUUGCCAUACUUCUUUGGCAAUAUUACACGUGAAGAAGCUGAGCAGUAUCUGAUGCAAGGAGGAGUGAGUGAUGGACUAUACUUGCUCCGCCAAAGCCGGAAUUACCUGGGGGGCUUUGCCUUAUCCUUGGCCCACGGAAGGAAGGUUCAUCAUUAUACAAUUGAGAGGGAGCUGAGUGGCUCAUAUGCUAUUGCAGGAGGCAAGUCACAUGCCAGUCCUGCUGAACUCAUUAACUAUCACUCAGAGGAAACAGAUGGCCUUAUCUGUCUACUGAGAAAACCCUUCAACCGACCACCAGGUGUUGAACCCAAAACAGGACCCUUUGAAGAUUUAAAAGAGAACCUCAUCAGAGAGUAUGUCAAACAAACUUGGAAUUUGCAGGGGCAUGCUCUUGAACAAGCUAUCAUUAGUCAAAAGCCUCAGCUGGAGAAGUUGAUCGCCACUACAGCCCAUGAGAAGAUGCCAUGGUUCCACGGGAGGAUCUCUCGGGAAGAGUCAGAACACCGUAUCCUCAUUGGGUCAAGAAACAAUGGAAAAUUUCUUAUCCGAGAAAGGGACAGCAAUGGUUCCUAUGCCCUGUGUCUGCUGAAUGAUGGAAAAGUACUGCAUUACCGAAUUGACAGAGAUAAGACAGGAAAGCUCUCCAUACCGGAUGGAAAAAGAUUUGACACCCUCUGGCAGCUAGUUGAGCAUUAUUCAUACAAGCCAGAUGGAUUAUUAAGGGUUCUUACCAUUCCCUGUCCACAACUUGGCUCAGAAAAUGAUAAUGUUGUUUUUAACAUGCGUUCUCCUCUUCCUGGAAUCCCUUCUAAGAGUUGGGCAGGAGGUGGAAUUAUCUCAAGACUCAAAUCGUACACCUUUCCAAAGGCUGGCAGCAAAAAGCUUCAGCCAACUAUUGGCUACUCACCUGAUGAAGCACCUUUUAAUCCUUAUGUGCUGCAAAGAAAGAGAGGUCUUACAGGAGCAGAAAAAGGUGAUCAGAGGGAGGCCUUACCCAUGGAUACGGAGGUCUAUGAAAGUCCAUAUGCUGAUCCAGAUGAAAUUAAACCAAAAAAUGUCACUCUUGACAGGAAAUUGUUAACCUUGGAGGAAGGAGAGCUUGGGUCUGGCAACUUUGGUACUGUAAAGAAAGGGUUCUAUAAGAUGAAAAAGGGUGCCAAGCCAGUGGCUGUAAAAAUUCUUAAGAAUGAGAGUAAUGAUCCAGCCAUAAAGGAUGAAUUACUGAGAGAAGCAAAUGUAAUGCAACAACUGGAUAACCCAUAUAUUGUCCGAAUGAUAGGCAUAUGUGAAGCUGAAGCCUGGAUGUUAGUAAUGGAGAUGGCUGAACUUGGGCCAUUGAACAAAUUUUUGCAAAAAAACAGACAUGUCACGGAGAAGAAUAUAACAGAGCUGGUACAUCAGGUUUCCAUGGGGAUGAAAUACCUGGAGGAGAAUAAUUUUGUUCAUAGGGAUCUGGCUGCAAGGAACGUGCUAUUAGUUACACAACAUUAUGCCAAAAUUAGUGACUUCGGACUUUCUAAAGCUCUUAGUGCUGAUGAAAAUUAUUAUAAGGCACAAAGUCAUGGAAAAUGGCCAGUCAAGUGGUAUGCUCCAGAAUGCAUGAAUUUCUACAAAUUUUCUAGCAAAAGUGAUGUCUGGAGCUUUGGGGUUUUAAUGUGGGAAGCUUUCUCAUAUGGGCAAAAACCAUAUAAGGGAAUGAAAGGUGGUGAAGUCGCACAGAUGAUUGAAAGAGGAGAACGAAUGGAACGUCCUGAAGUCUGUCCAACAGAAGUCUAUGAUCUAAUGAAAUUGUGUUGGACAUACAAUGUUGAUGACCGACCAGGAUUUGUUGCAGUCGAGCUGAGAUUACGUAACUACUACUAUGACAUUUCCCACUAACAGCAUGAAGAACAGCAGCUUCCUUGCCUCCAGGCACCAGCCUCUGUGAAGCAGUUCAGUUUCUGAAACAAAGCAACUUUGAUUUUUGUACUGCCGCUUUCACCCUGCAAAGCUCAGAGCUAAGCCCUGUGUCUGUAGGGUUGCCUUUUCUUGCCUUCUGCGCAAUAUCCUGCCCUGAAAUAGUGUUGAAAGUGGAGAGGCCCCAAAGCGAGCAGCAAGGAUGUCAGAGCAGAUGCUUAUACUUUUGCUACAUUCUGUUUCAUUUUAUUUACAGCUUUAUUGGCAUUACAUUUUGUGGUUGUGGAAAACCUAUUUAAUGUCUUUCAGCCCUCUUCCUCUCUUGUAUUUGAAUUGAGAUUGGAAUUUAGAUUCUUUUUAUUAAUAUUCUUAGCCCUUAAAUGCAUUAAGACUUCUUCCAGCCUUCCCCCCACUCAAGGAAGAAUAGCAUAAACAUUUCUCACUGUGAAGUAAAUUCACUGUGAAAGUGUGUCAGUUGCUUUGACUGACAGCAUGUUUGAUUUUACCCUCAAGCCCCUUUAAAACCAGAUCGUAUUCUUCUCAGUAGUAAUGUAGGCAGAGGGGAGCUAGGAGAUGUGAAUUUCUAACAUCCUCAUCUCCUUUAAAUGUGACCAGCUUCUCUCAUUCCUCAUCUCAUGUGGAAGCUCAGCUGUCCCUCAGGGAGUUAUUUUUUUCCUGGUGAAACCCCGGAACUCAGGGACUUGCUUUCAUCUUGGAACAAAAUGUAUCAGCACCUAAGACAAUGAUUCUGGGUUUUAACAUAAACUCCAUCGCUGCAUUCCUGAAAAGACAGCUGUACAGUGAAAGGUGAUGGAGCAGCACCUUUCUUUCUCUGUGCUGUUCCAGCCUUCUCCAGAGACAUCUUUCCCAUGUAUCCCUUUAGGUAUACCAAAGCUCCUUGUGUUGUGUUUUGAGCAGCAAUCAUUUCUGUCUUUUUCCAAACCUUUCUUGAAAAGCAUUUGUGAGAAUUCACCACACCUUAUUGCCUCUAAAGCCAAAUUUCACCCCUAGCUCAAAUAUUUUAAAACAGGCAUAUGGACAUCAAGUUUAUUUUCAUCUGCUCCUAAAUGUUAGUAUUUGUCCUGUUAUUAAUCCCUGUGAGCAUCUCAGGAAAAGGUAUUCAUCUUAUCACUUUUUUGUAAUGCAGUGUGCAUCUCCAUUAAUGUGCAAGUAUAGUGAUAGUAAUAACAAAUAAUGUAAUCAACUUCUUACACUAUUUUUACCCUUAUGCUUUGUUUGUCCAAUCUCAUUUUAAAUAUUAUAGAUAUCAAAAUUUCCAUCACUUCUUCCUCACAAGCAGCUACUUUACUGGCAUUUACAUGUAUCUCAGGAGUCUACAUAUAUUGCAUCUACUAGAUAUAGAGAUUUUAGAAGAAUAUAAAGAAUAAGAUUUAGAGUUAGGUAUAUUUAUUGCAUAUGGCUGGUUAGAACAUACAUGUUUAAUUGUUGUGUGAACAGGGUAUUCUUAGAGAUGCAGUGAUUUUUUUUUCUCUAGCAGAGAAAACUGUGUGGGCAAUUACAGUGAGAAAGUGUGAAAUAAUUUUCAUAAAAGAGGUGACUAUAAACAAAUGUAGGAGUUACUGUAUUUUUUUUUCUUUUUAUUAAGUUUAUGGUCUAUUUUUCAAAAAAUACCUGGUGAUUUUUGGUAGUUUAGUCUUGGGUGUCCACUGCAAGACACUUCAGAAAGCACAUGCUACUGAGAGACACUGAGUGCAAUAGACCAUGUUUCAAAUGUGACCAAAUGUGACUUAUAUUGAAGAUGAUUUAUUUUUUGUUUUGUUUUUAAGAAGCAUUUUUCUACAAGAACAGCUUGUGUAGAAGUUAGCUAUAGUUAUAUGUAGUUGUUUUGUUGUUUUAAUCCUAUUGCAAAGAAAUUGUUAGCUCUACAUGUGCAAUUAGUACAUUCAUGGGGAUAUUAGUUAUAAACAAAUUGCACAAAUCUCUACUAGCCAGUGAGUGACAGUACUCAAUUUCCCUGAUGUCUCUCCCUGUCUCUCUCUCCCCCCCCCCCCCAAAGUGUUAUCUGAUACAACAAAACUGGAGGAAUAUUUCUUCCCCUCUCUUCUGAGUGAAUGUCACUUUCUGGUGUUACUUGAUUAUUUUUAACUUGACUAUUAUGUAAUAAAAGUUUACAAUGAGAAUAUAAAGUAUUGUGAAAUAAAUGG